ACUACUGACAAGUACAGGAACUAAAUAAUAAGUAUAGUGAUGGCUGCCUGUCAUUCUUGUGCAUGGAUGUUUUCGUAAUUCAUUGUAAUUAUAAUUAUUACUUAUUUUCCAUUUUCACCCUGCAAAGGCUCUUUCGAUGAGUCUCUUAAUAAAUUGGAUCAUCACAAAUAAUCGCAUCUCGAGGAUUGCUCGAAUCGUUUUUUAGUAAAGGUGGUAAAGAUCUCCUAUGAUAUCCGUCAGGAACUGUCCGCUUUAUUCGUGAAGGAAAUGGUAAAAAGUGAAUGAUCGACUAUGGCAAUGGCUAUGAGAAAACGUAGCGGCUCAGGCUCAAAGCGGCAACACAAGGGGAAACUCGUACCGAUUUAUGAAAGUUUUUUCAAGGGAGAAGAUCUAACAUUAGCUCAUCCAAAUUUCUGGAACGAACUGUUCUUAAUUAAACCUAUGGUCCCACACAUCGAAAGUGAAAUUCUACACAUGACCACGGAACAGUUAAACGCUAGUAGAGAAAAUUUGAAUGCCCUGGUUUGUCAUUGCGUGGACACGUUGGUCGACGAACACCCGUUCAGAGUCGUCUACGCUUUACAAACUUUAGCGGCUGUUAUUCAAUCUAUGUAUAAGAAAGCUGGUCAAGGCGAUUGCGGAUUCAACUUGAUAGACAUCCUAGUCGGAUUUGAUUCCGCGGAACAGAGAAUGACAACGUUGAUGCAGCAUUGUAAUAAUUUUUUGACAGGUGAAUACCCUGAUAGUUUAAAAGCUUUAUGCUUGAAAUUGUUGUUAAUCAUUGUAACUGGCAUGGACAAUGUUAGUCAAAACACUUUGUUGGAAUAUGUUAUGCUUAAUAGUGUUUUUGAAUCUCUGGUUCAACUACUCAGAGACACGUCAGCUAGAAGUCGUCACGGGCACGAUGCGGUGUUACUUCUAACGCUUCUAGUCAAUUAUAGAAAACACGAGAGAGCGAAUCCUUAUAUCGUGAAACUAUCAAUUUUGGACGACGAGCUAGCUCUUAACGGUUACGGGCAAGUCAUAUCGAGCUCCUUGACGGAGUUUUGCCGACAGUUCGCUCAGCAAAGGGCAGAAGUACAAGCGUCCUGGUUAUCCUCUUUGACCAGCAUAGUCGGUAGUAUGUUCGUUGGGGAGGAGGAAGCGAAAACGCAACAGGUCCGCGCGAACAACGCGCUGUUGUUAGCGCUUUACGAAGCAACACACUUGAAUCGUAAUUUCGUAACGACUCUGGCGUACACUCAGAGCGAUACCAGUGCACCGCCUUCUCCGAACAAUACCUUAGGUCCGAACGCGGUAGCGCCCGGAGCGCAAUUACCUGAUGUAAUGGCCCAACCAUUCAAUUUGUUGGCCACGUUCUUACAAUAUUGUUCGAUAGUUAUGCAAGUGAUCAGGACAGAGGCAAUAAUGAACAAUGUUAAACUAUGUUUCCUGAUAUUGAGUUGCAUCGCGGAGGAUCAGUAUGCGAACAGUUUAAUGCACGACGCAAACUUGGCGUUCAGAGUGCAGCUUCAUCGAGUACCGAUGCAUCACAGAAAGAUACAAGACAAAGUGGCACCGGCUCAACCAUUGGCAGCUACCUUGCUCGACCUGCUCGUCGAAUUUGUCACUUCCCAUAUGAUGAAGAAAUUUCCGCUCGAACUUUACCAUCAAUGUAUCGGAGUUUUACAGCGGUUACUCUGUUACCAAAAGAGAUGUAGAGUCAGGCUUGGAUAUCAAUGGAGGGAUCUCUGGACAGCUCUCAUCAAUCUGCUCAAAUUCUUAACGACUCACGAGAGCCAUUUGAUUAAAAAAAUGAAUAUCUUCCCGCUCGCUAUUCAGGUCGUGAAUAUCCUGAACCUGUUUAUUACGUACGGCGAUACGUUCUUGUCUUCUCCUAGUAGUUACGACGAAUUAUUUUACGAGAUAAUACGAAUGAGGCUUAUUUUUACGAAUUUGAACGCGAUGGCGCUUCGUUAUUCGACGAGCGAGUCUUACGAGUAUAAGGAGCACGCGUUGAAAUUGGCGAACUGUUUAGUGAAUAUGAGAGACAUCGUCAAUCACUUUCCACCAAAAAUAACGGCAUGGUUGACGAGCGAGAGUUUGUCCACGCCGACGGAGCAGCAAAUCUUAGCUAUCAUAAUACAGAACUACGAUAGCCUUACGUUAAAGCUGCAAGACAAUUUGGAUCAGUACGAAAGAUAUUCCGAAAAACCUGAUCACGUUGCGUUUUUCGAAGAAAUGGUGACUGGAGUCGUGAUCGAUACCCGAGGCUCGAUAGAUUUAAGCUCGUUAGAUACACAGGCCAUAUUACAAGAACUAUCGAACAUCUCGUAACACUAAACAUGAAUCGGCCUCCUGUAUUAUAAUGUAUCUCUUUUUUUGUUUAAUACAACCGGCUUUACAAGAAACGUAUGUUCUUGAUAUCGAAAGUAUGUCGGCUUAAGAGAAGCAGCGUGCUGGAUCGUCGAUGUCCUAUAUUUCUAUUGAUUGUGUAUACAAGAAGGAAAAAGAAAUAAUAAUAAUUGAACUUUAAA